UUGAUGCUAUUACGUCACACCCGGGCAUACAACCGCUGUCACCGCUUUGGAUUCAUUGGUGGAGUUCGCCAACUGUGGCGAUGGCGAUAUCAGCAAGAUUAACAUCAAGUAAACUUUUAACCUGGGACACGCGUGGAUAAUUACAACACCGCAAGAUGCUGCCAUUUUGUUUUUCUUGUCGGUCAACGUUCUUAUGUAUGUCAACGGUAGCUAAUGCAGGUAGCCUUGCGCUUACGGUGGAAUGACGGCGGCGGUAUGGCUAAUGUUCUUCUUCUAGUUUGUUAUAAAUGAUGUUAGUUACUCAUUGAAAGACAUUUUCGCUGUCCCAAUAGUGGCACGUUACGUAUCAUGGCAGUGGCGGUAUUAGGAGCGAGAGCGGUUCUUCUCACCCUGAGGUCCACCCUCCAAAGAGCAAGCCUUUCUGGUCGAACCCGACUCAUCCAGACGUCUAAGUCGUGUCUGGUCAAGAGGAGGCACGUUCUGACCAACAUCCCUAAGGUAGCACUGCUGUGUUGGAGCACAGUCAGUGCAUCCUCAGCCAAAUGCCAGCAAGCGUCUCUGCCAACCCAAAUCACCACCAGGAAGUCUCUUGCCAAGGUUCAAGUGCACAAACUGGUCUUUCUCCUCCGCUUGGGCCUGCGUGCGAUAGUGCUGUUCCUGAAGUUCUCUCCCAUCUUGCUUCUCUCCCCCUUGGUUCUGGUUUCCGCUCACUGGGCCUCGUGCUGGUUGGACGCCCUGCUGUGGGUAACCGAAAGCUCUGGCCCGGCCUUCAUUAAACUCGGGCAGUGGGCCAGCACCAGGCGGGACAUCUUCCCUCAGGAGUUUUGCGACCGGUUCUCCAGGCUACACGUAAAGGUGUGUCCUCAUUCCUGGGCUCACACCAAGCAGUGUCUCAAGAGAGCUUUCGGGGAGGGCUGGAAGAAAGUACUCGUAUUCGAGAGCAAGGAGCCGAUAGGCUCGGGGUGCGUGGCGCAGGUUUAUCGCGGCUGGGCCAACAAGGAUCAGGUGGAGGACCCGGACUUUCAGACACUGGUGGACGAGCUGGAGAGGGAGGAUCUUCUGGAAGCUUGGGAAAUUCCUGGUUUGAGUGGAGUGCCGAGCUCUCUGUGGAAUCUCUGGAAUGGAGGAAGCAAGGAAGAUGUAGAGGCACUGCAUGAGCAGAACACCCCGCAGAAGGAUCGCAUGAUACCUGUGGCCAUCAAGGUGCUUCAUCCGGGCCUGAGACGGCAGGUGGAGAUGGACCUGCUGCUGAUGAAGGCCGCGAGCUGCCUUCUGCAUUGCCUGCCUGGUCUCAAAUGGCUCAGCCUGCCCGAGAUCGUCGACGAGUUUGAGAAGCUCAUGACCAAACAGAUCGACCUCCGUUUCGAAGCCAAGAACAUCGAACACUUCCGCGAGAAUUUCCGCAACGUGGACUACGUCAAGUUCCCCACGCCGUUACGGCCUUUUGUCACCAGGACGAUUCUGGUGGAAACAUUUGAGGAGAGCGAGCCCAUCUCCGAGUACCUGAGAGCCGAGACUCCUCAGGAGGUGAAGCACAGGAUUGCCAGAAUGGGAGUCGACACUUUGCUAAAAAUGGUUUUUGUGGAUAAUUUUGUCCACGCCGAUCUCCAUCCGGGCAACAUUUUAGUCCAGCGUUGCGGCCCAGCCGUCGGCUCCUCACACGUCCCCGGAGGAGACAGCGGUAAGACCACCCUGACCGACCUGUGGGACACGGUGGUGGUGAGCGUCAGACCCGAGCCGUGUCCUUUCCAGCUGGUGCUGCUGGACGCCGGCAUCGUGGCCCAGCUGAGCGGCCGCGACCUGGACAACUUCAAGGCCGUCUUCACCGCCGUGGUGCUGCGCCAAGGUGAGCGAGUAGCAGAGCUAAUCCUCCAUCACGCUCGGGCCAAUGAGUGCCGAGACGUGCCGCGCUUCAAGAGGGAGAUGGCGGAACUGGUGGAUGUUGCCCUCAGCAGUACCCUCUCCCUGGGGAAGAUCCAAGUGGCUGACUUGCUCUCCAGAGUCUUUGGCCUACUCAUCAAACACAAGGUGAAGCUGGAGAGUAACUUUGCCUCCAUCGUGUUUGCCAUCAUGGUGCUGGAAGGCCUUGGCCGCUCUUUGGACCCCAACUUGGACAUCUUGGAGCUGGCCAAACCGCUGCUGCUCAAAAACUGUGCCUCAUCCUUAUAAACACACAUAUGAGAUAUGUGUUAAUUCAUGACAUACCUCAUUUAAGUUGGAUUUGAUUGUAUGCCUGGUUGGUACUGACUCUCAAUUAUGGAGGAUAUUUAUGGACGGAUUUGCUUCAAGAACAGGAAAAAACCUUUCCCCAUAUAGUAGCCAGGGUGUAUUCAGCGUUCAAUCAGCCUGCCAUGCAUGUUUUUGGAAUGUGGGAGGAAACCGGAGUAUCUGGAGAAAACCCACAAAGAACAUGCAGACGCCACACAGGGAGACUGGAAUUGAACGCGGUACCUCUGCACUGUGAGGUCGACGCGGUAACCACUGGUACACCGGGUUGCCAGGUUCAAACAGAUUUAUACUAAUUUGGGCUAUUUCCAAAAUUGCCC